CCCAAAUAUCACGUGACGAGUCCGUGACCGGCGGCGGCGGCGGCGGCUCGUGAGUCUCGGUCCCUCCCAGCGCGGCCUCCCUGCCCCGCCCGGCCUGGCCUGGCCCGGCGGCCCCGGCAGGAGAACCCAGCUGACAAGGCUGUCGUGUUAUGACGACCCCCAACAAAGGAAGCAAGGCCUUGAAGGUGAAGAGGGAGCCAGGUGAGAAUGGGACCAGCUUGACAGACGAGGAGCUGGUGACCAUGUCUGUGCGAGAGCUGAACCAGCAUCUACGGGGCCUGUCGAAGGAGGAGAUCAUCCAGCUGAAGCAGCGUCGGCGCACGCUGAAGAACCGGGGUUACGCGGCCAGCUGCAGAGUGAAGCGCGUUACACAGAAGGAGGAACUGGAGAAGCAGAAGGCAGAGCUGCAGCAAGAAGUGGAGAAGCUGGCCUCAGAGAACGCCAGCAUGAAAAUGGAACUUGAUGCUCUCCGCUCCAAAUAUGAGGCUCUCCAGAACUUCGCCAGAACCGUGGCCCGGAGCCCCGUGACCCCUGCACGGGGGCCUCUCGCUUCCAGUAUGGGGCCCCUCGUCCCUGGCAAGGUUGCUACUACUAGUGUCAUCACAAUAGUGAAAUCCAAAACGGACGCCCGGUCUUAGUGAAGCAAGUGUUGCCUGAGCUUGUCUGUGCAGGGCAGUUAGGCACAAAACCAGCCUGGAAUCCCCAAAGCACAAGCCCUCCCCACAUGGGUCCGGCUUCCUUUGACUUGGCCCAGGAUUGGCCUGCUGAUCGCUCCAGUUUGUUUUGUUGUGUCCAGAUUGGUAUGAGCAGUGGUGAUUUAUCCCUUGUCCUGUGCAGACAGAGCUUCCCACCCAGCAGUCUGUAAUCCUCAGGUGCCCUGGGGACAGACUGUGAGAUUUUGGUUUUCUACCCAAAGAAAAUCUGUGCAGUGUGGCUGAAAGAAGGGUGGAGGAGUGGCCCGAGGAAAGCUUUCUUCCUGGGGGCUGGGAACCCUAAUUUUCGGUCACUUCCAAAGGCUUUAUUUCAUGAUUCUUCCAGGUGGUGCAUCUCAGCACCUGAACCUGCUGCUUUUGUCUCCUUUGGUACCUGUAGUUACAGUUGGGGUGUUCUGUGUCAUAGGUUUUAUUCCUUCCUAGGUGUGCCUCUGUGCCCUAACCGUGGGUUUCCCUCAGACGUCCAUGACGUUAGCUGGGUAAACUGGCAGUGGUGGAAGGACGAUGCUGCUGUGUUCUGCCGAUGUGGUCCUGCGGCCCCGCAGGGCUCAGCACCCAGGAGGGAAGAAGGGAGCAGCGGUACUGUGUUGACUGCAGGCCGGUUUUGUGCCUAAUGUGUUGCACUGAACAAGACCAAAAUCACUAGUUGUUCCCGUGUUUUGAGGGUAUCAAGUGUCUCUAGUGUGAUGGUUUACACAACCAGUUUAUGUGGUUAAAUAGCCCUUUAUUUAAAGAGAGAAACAUCAUUUUAAGAAUUAUUAAAUUAUCUGAGUUUAAAAUUGGACAGAAGAGAGAGCGUAUUUAUAGUCAGCUUUUUUACCUGAGAAGGUGAGAAUAUUGACCAUAUGAGUGGGGAAAUAUUCUCAGAGACUUUGCUAGUUAAAAGUUAAUAAAUAAAUAAUUUUAAAGUGUCUCAUAAACCUCCCGCAAACUGUUUGUUGCUCUGAGGUUAGUUUUUAUAAAGAGUUAUCAGACUUUAUUUAUAAAACUUAGAAAAAGACAAAAAAAGAGGCAAGUCCUGUUUGAUAUCUUUUUGCAAUUGUACCAAAAGUGACUUAUUCUUGACCUUGCUAGUUUCUGUUGUGUCCCCUUGUGUUGGGCGCUCUGCUCCCCAAGCUCUUGUGCGGCGUUGUGGUGUGCUGGUGCCUUUGCCAUGUGCUGUCAUUUCACACUGUUGUUGUUUUCCCUAAACUCGACUGAGGGAUUGAGUUGGAAUCUCUGCGAAUUCUCCAGAAGGGUUCUGGUGCACAGGCUAAGGUGCUGCUGCUUUUGAGGAGAAGAAUGGCUGGCUGGUGCAGCAAGGUAGUGACACCUGCCCCGAGGUGUGCGGCAGGAGCACAGGCAGCUCCUGCUCAGCAGCCAAUGCUAGGCUAGCUUGGUUAGCUGGAGAGGAAAAACUCUGCACUUUUCCUCCUGCAGCAAACCCGUCAGAGAAGUAAUAUGAGGGAGACUUGUCUAGGUUUAGGAGAAGACUGAUGGGAUUGCCCCUGGAAAUAGAUCGUGUGGUCAGAACUUGUGUUGUGCUCAUGGCUCACCUGAACAAGAGGGGCAAGUCUGCAACAAGAGGGGCAACGUGGGACAGGCUAGCCCCUAGUCCCUUCUCUACAUAUUACUGGCCAGUGAGCUGUGGCAGGAUCACUGUCCUUCCUGGGGUGGCUUCUGCCCAGGGGUUUUAGGAGGGUGCUCAGAAUUACAGCUGUGAUGCAGCUGAGAAGCUGUUUGUGGCCAGGCUCUGUUUCCACAAAUACUUUGACUCCCCUCUUCCCUUCCCAAAGAUUUGAGCUGAUUUACUGAGUUUUAGAGAAGUAGGACAUGAGGGGGAAGCCCAUGUGAUCUCCUGGCUGCUGAUCUGAUUGGAGGGGGCAGAUUGGGAUAACACAAAUGAAGUCACAGUCUUGUGGCGAGGUACAGCUGUCCUGGAUAGGUUUUGGGGAAGUUUCUCACUGCUGACCUGAUACUGCUGUCCCCUGAGUGGAGGAGCAGGUCAGCCUGAGAAAAGCUGCAGUGUGGCAGGAGAGGAGCAGGUAGUUGACGGAGAUUUCCUGCUGGAUGAAGUCAGCUUUGCUCUGAUUGAUAGGGAGUUUAGGAAGUUGUUUUGGAUGCUUUUCCAAGUAAAUUUCCCAAAGGAGGAGCAGGUUAGAACAUUGCCUCCAGACUUCCCCCUUCUGGCCUUGGACUGACUCUUCUGUGAAUUGAAGUGUCUGAUGUGCUACUUCCAGCCAUUCACCGCACAGGCCACACCCUGCAGAGCACUCAGCAGGCUCUGGUCUUCCAGCUGGUUGUGGGGUGACUGGAAGAAGUGAGAUUUUAGAGAACACAGAGGCGUCCAGUUGUCCUGGGGUGUCAUUCCCAACCAUGUCCCUCUUAGACCCAGGCUGAGAUUGAAUCAGCCAGAGUCCUUGGGAACACAGCUGAGUCCUGAUCUGGGCCAGAGGAGUGGGCAAGGUGUGUAUGGGGCUGGUUAUGAUCUUGGUUCCACAGCUGGAGCCUCUGGUGUGAGGAGAGCCCCAUCAACACAGCAGGCGGUGAUGGGCAGCCCUGCAGCCACGGAGAACUUGCAUUUGGUUGUGCUCCGUGGCAGGGGUGUCCAGUCCCUCCCCACCUGCCGGGUGCAGCCGUGCGACGGCACCAGCCGCCGUUCCUCCUGCCCUGCACCGACCGGGGGUGCUUCCAGCGGCCUGUGUUCAACGAGGACAGGUCGUGUAGGGAGGAGCAGGUGCAUGGCCAUGGCCAGGGGUGCCACUGUGCUGAACGAGCUCUGCGGUGCCAGGCUGGGAGUCAGCGAGCCACGGUCCCAAGUGCCGCUUCCUGUGGGUUUGGUUUAGUUCUCAGUGCAGUGUAGGACCCGGAGCGCUGUAUUGCCGCAGUGUCCGAGGAGUGUCCCGUGGGCUCUGGGGAUCUUGUGUCCUGCCAGCUUGCUUCCUGUGCCCGUGCGAGGCGACCAGCGCCGGAGCCGUCACGCUGACUUCUCUCUCGUAUAUAGUGUUCUGGAGUGUGACAAUUCUUGUUCCUGAGGUGCUCGUCUGUUUGGUUUUCUGCUGUGAAGGGUGUCGUGUUCCCUUUCUCCUUUUCCUGGUGCCGUUCCGGGCGUCGGGGAGGGGUCCUGCGCCAGCCCGACCGGGGAACAUCCGCGGCACCCCGGGAUUUGUGUAUCUUGUAAAUUGUGUACAGUCGCUCCCGGUCGGAGUCGGGGCUGGCGGACAGAAGGGUCAUCCAGAGGGCUCCGAGCUCGGUGCAGGCGGUAUUUAUUGAUAAGUUAUUGCCGUUAUUUAUUCUGUACAGUGUCCGCCGCCUUUGUACGCGACAAUAAACCGCUUCAACAGCC